GCGCACAACCUGUAUGUUCACCUACGCCGUUUGAUCAAAUCCCUCGUAUCUUACAGUUCUGCUAUUGCAGCUCCGCUUUAAACCCUCGGUGCAAAUGUUCUAGACAAGGAAACCAUUUUUCUGUGAAGAGAAGAAACCUCUCUCAUUUCUCUGCUAUCUCUCGGUAUUCCCUUUCUUCAAGGGUUUAUCGAGCUGUCAAAUCAAUCACCAACAGCGUUUAAGCACACAUAAAUCUGUAAUCUUGAGAUCAUAUUUUCCUGCAGUGGUGGCCGUGAAUGGCGGGAGGUGCUUCAGCUUCUGGUGCUGCGGGGAAUGCUGUGAGAAUUGUGGUGGCGGGCGAUGCGAAGACCGGGAAGUCGAGUUUGAUAGUUACAGCCGCCGCAGAGAACUUUCCGACCAAUGUUCCCCCGGUGUUGCCGCCCACCAGGCUCCCCGAGGACUUGUAUCCUGACCGGGUUCCUGUCACCAUUAUUGAUACUUCCUCGAGUCCUGAGAACAGAGGCAAGCUUGUUGAAGAACUGACGAGAGCUGAUGCCGUUGUCCUUACUUAUGCAUGUGAUAGACCUGAAACUCUUGACAGAUUAAGUACUUACUGGCUCCCUGAACUAAGGCGAUUAGAGGUUAAAGUGCCUGUCAUUGUGGUGGGUUGCAUGCUAGAUAAGAGAGGUGAUCAACAGCCUGUUAGUCUGGAGCAGGUUAUGUCACCAAUAAUGCAACAGUUCCGGGAGAUUGAAACUUGUAUUGAAUGUUCUGCGCUAAACCAUAUUCAGAUUCCUGAGGUUUUCUACUAUGCGCAAAAAGCUGUGCUUCAUCCGACUGCUCCACUAUUUGAUCAGGAGCAACAAGUUCUGAAACCACGGUGUGUAAGGGCUUUGAAAAGGAUCUUUAUUCUCUGCGAUCAUGACAGAGAUGGUGCCCUCAGUGAUGCAGAGUUGAAUGACUUUCAGGUCAAGUGUUUCAAUGCCCCACUACAACCAUCUGAAAUAGUUGGUGUUAAAAGGGUUGUGCAAGAGAAAUUGCCGGAAGGUGUUGAUGAUCGUGGUCUUACAUUGACCGGCUUUUUGUUUCUCCAUGCACUUUUUAUUGAGAAGGGACGUUUGGAGACAACAUGGACUGUCCUUCGGAAAUUUGGAUAUAACAAUGAAAUUAGACUUCGUGAUGAUCAGUUACCACCCCCCAUAAAGAGAUAUCCAGACCAGAGUGUGGAGUUAACUACUGAAGCUGUGGAGUUUCUCAGAAAAAUUUUCUUCACCUUCGAUGUUGAUGGUGAUGGAGCUCUUCGAUCUGCCGAGCUUGAAGAUUUGUUUUCCACAGCGCCUGAAAAUCCUUGGAAUGAAGCACCAUAUGUGGAAGCCGCGCAGAAGACUGCUCUGGGAGGCCUAUCACUUGAUGGGUUUUUAUCACUGUGGGCCCUUAUGACCCUUCUAGAUCCAAUUCGUAGCGUGGAGACCCUUAUAUACAUAGGUUAUGGUGGCGAUCCCUCAUCUGCCAUACGUGUAACUCGAAGAAGACGUGUAGAUCGUAAGAAGCAGCAAACAGAUAGAACUGUGUAUCAGUGUUUUGUCUUUGGACCAAAAGAGUCCGGAAAAUCUGCUUUACUGAAUUCUUUUAUUGGAAGGCCUUUCCCUGAAGAAUAUGUUUCAACAACUCGUGACCGAUAUGCUGUUAAUGUCAUUGAUCAACCUGCAGGAGUUAAAAAGACGCUUGUGUUGCGAGAAAUUCCUGAGGAAGGUGUGAAAGAGUUACUAUCUAAGAAGGAUGCUUUGGCUGCGUGUGAUGUGGCAGUGUUUGUUCAUGACAGUUCUCGUGAGCCUUCGUGGGAGAAAGCGACCGAGAUGCUUGUGGAUGUUGCCAGUCAAGGGGAAGCUACUGGUUAUGAGGUGCCUUGUCUAAUUGUUGCUGCUAAAGAUGAUCUUGACCCUUUCCUGACUGAGAUUCAAGACUCAACACGGGUAAGCCAGGACAUGGGGAUAGAGGCACCUAUACCUCUCAGCACAAAGCUGGGAGAUUUCAGUAACAUAUUUCAGAGAAUUGUGAGGGCGGCGGAACACCCUCAUUUGAGCAUUCCUGAAACAUCGGCCGGAAAAAGCCGUAAGCAGUAUCAUAGGCUUAUCAAUCGCUCCCUCGUGUUUGUAUCAGUUGGCGCUGCUGUGGCCAUUGUUGGGUUAGCUGCUUACCGUGUGUAUGCCGCAAGAAGGAAUUCUUCCAGUUAGGAAGAAAAUCAGAUUCGAACACAUAUCCCACCCAUAGGCAGAACAGCUUUUUCUCCUCAUUUUCGUCGACAAUUGGUGAUUUUUCAUUUUCAUUUCUUUCUUGUUUUGGGUGGGGAAGUUUGGGGGAAGGUGGUUGUCUUCUAGUUGCAUAUGGUGAAACUGGUAUAGGGAACAUGACAUGUAAUGUUCUGGUGCCUAUAAUUUUCCAAUGACCACUCUUCCCUUGUCGGUCAAACCCGUCUAAUGGGGCUGUUUUUGGUGGACGGAGAUUCAUAUGAUGUUAUAAUUAGUUUUUGUUAUUAUCGAUUCAUCAUAGCAAGAAACGCAUUUAUAUGA